UACGGUACAAAAUGGGAAAAACGCUGAGUAAAGAAGAACAAGAACAGAAGGAAGUAAACGAACUGAGAACAAAAGUGAUUAAACUAUUUCAAGGCCAGCAGCUUCUGUUUGUUGGAACGAUUGGUAGUGGAAAGUCGUCUUUCGUUAACACUGUAAAUCACGCCCUCAAUCUGGUAGACCCAAAAGUUCCCUAUCAAGAAUUGGCAAGAAUAGGGGCAACCGAUGCAGUUCAUGGUACGAUGACCUACCGCACGUACACCAUGAAAAAAGGACUCUUUCAGUCGCUCAAAAGUCAAGUACCAGAUCCUUCAAAUGCUCCAAGACUUUUCGACAUCGCUGGAGUUACCGAGCAGUUGCUACAGAAAGAUAAUUUUGAUUUCAAACAGGUUCUAGUUUAUCUCAUACAAGGAAAAGUAAAGGAGCUUACUCAAAUGAUAAAGUUGUAUAACAGCAAACAACAAUUGCAAGAAAUAGGGAAACAAGAAGAGGUAGAGGAAAAUAAAGUGUGGAUAAUGGUUUGUGUAGUUUCGCUUUACGAUCCAUUUCCUCAACUGUUGCUCGAACAAGUAGCUAGCGCUGUACAGGAGUUGGAGCCUCAAAAUGGAGGAACGAGUGUGUUUGUGGUUUUAACUAAAGGUGACAGGUUGGACAGUGUAGACCGGUCGACUAGAGUAAAAAAUUUCAGCAAAAGAUGUCAAACAGUUCUAAACAUUAUGGAAAAACGAAUAUUUGAAGUUAACAACUACCUACCCUCAGAACUGAAGAUUGACGCAACAACGACGAAAAACUUAGAAAAAGAAAAAAGUGUCGUGGCUGCUCUCAAUUUCAUGCUUCAGCCUGCUUUCAUUCCAGAUUCGCAAAAGUGACAGAAAGUUAGGCCAAAUAGUAACUGUGCCAGAAACCUUUAAAGCGCUGCAUUAGUUAGCUGUCUGCCAGACAUUAUGAUGUUUGCAUAGUGAGUUAUCAAUCAAGACACUAUUGCUUAUGCAUUUAGAUAUACAUUAUAUAAUGAGACCGCACCAAGUGCGGUCAUUCAUGUCCAUAUCAUAAUCACAAACUGUAUAUACGCUUCUAGUGCAGAGAAAUGAA